AUUCUCUCAUCAAGAAAGAUAUUUUUGACAUAUCCGAAGAACGCGUUGAAGUCGAGAUGGCAGAAGAGAAGCCUCUGAGACGCCUGCAGGUGCCCGCCGCAUCCACUACUCAGGUGCCAACUGUGAAUACAGUUCACAGCUUCAAGCGACUCCUGUCAUACUCAGACAAGUUGCCCGUGGAGGACCAGUCUGCCAACCCUAAAACGCUACCAGCUGCUGUCAAGCCUGAUAAAAACGAGCAAGACCAUCGCAACUCCGAGAACAUGGUCAAAGCUGCAUUAACCGAACUGCUUAACGAUGAGGAUGUCAAGAACAAUCCGGAUAGUAACAAAUCCGUGCAGAACCUACUCAUGAAGACCGAAAAAGAGUGGAGGAGGCAACGCAGAAAGUCGGCGCAUGAACGCGGUGCUGAUCAAACUCGGAAAUAGGGGUGUAUGCAACGGCACAAUGUAGAAUCAGCUUCCUCCCUUUUCACCCUUGGAUGUGUCAUCUCUCUUGUGUUAGGGAAAAGAAAUCUCUUUACACCAACGUGUCUCUGGCAGUGACAUCCAGAGACAGCAAUUGACAAUUUCUGCUUACCUUCGGCCAGAAACGGCCAAAGAAUAAAAAUUUCCAAAAAUACCUAAAACCAGCUCCAGCAAAAUCGUAUCUGUUUACUGCGAUUCAUACUGGUCUGUGGGGAAGGUAAUGACAGCAGGGCAAGUUGAAACUAUAAUGGU